AUGGGCAGGAGAAGCAGCGAUGUCUCCCAGUACCUGGCCGUCAACACUGGCCACCUCCUCUCCUUCCCCCGUCCCAUGCCAGCACAUCUCCAUGGUUCUGCAGCUGCUGCAGGGACGUCCGCCACGUGGGCCCUGGCAGCCCUCCUGCUCCUGGUUCCAAGCAGUGGGCAAGCUGGAUUCUCUUUUCCAUGUGACCCCCUCCCCUCCACCCCAGCUACUCUGGAGAAACCCAUAUUGUCUCUACACCCGCCCUGGACUACAAUCUUCAAGGGGGAGCGGGUCACCUUGCAGUGUGAUGGGUACCACCCACUGCUCCUGGAGGUGCGGCCCAUCAGCACCCUCUGGUAUUUGGGCCACCUACUACUGCCCUCUCACAAGAAGAGCAUCGAGGUGCAGACACCAGGGGUGUAUCGAUGCCAGACACGGGGAGCACCUGUCAGCGACCCCAUCCACCUCUCUGUAUCCAAUGACUGGCUGAUCCUGCAAGUGCCCUAUGCUGCGGUGUUCGAAGGCGAGCCACUGGUCAUGCGCUGCCGCGGCUGGUACGACAAGGUCGUCUACAAGCUUCAUUACUACCACGAUGGUCAGGCGGUGCGCUACUUUCACUCCAGUGCCAACUACACGGUGCCGCAGGCGCGCGCCAGCGACAGCGGGCGCUACCAGUGCUCAGGUACCAUGCGCAUCCCGGUGGAGAGCGCACCCAUGUUCUCCGCCAAGGUGGCCGUGACCGUGCAAGAGCUGUUCCCGGCGCCGGUGCUGCGGGUGCUGGGCGGGGAGGAGGCCCGCGGCGGGGUGGUGGUGCGCUGCCACACGCGCCCGCACCCGCAGAAGCGGGACACGCCGCUGCAGUUCGCCUUCUACAAGUACAGCCGCGCGGUGCGCCGCUUCGCCUGGGGCGCCGAGUACACUGUCCCGGAGCCCGAGGCCGAGGAGCUGGACUCGUACUGGUGCGAGGCGGCCACCGCCACGCGGAGCGUGCGGAAACGCAGCCCCUGGCUGCAGCUCUCCGGACGCGGUUCUGCCCUGGACUUGGCGUCCACCACCGCCCCGACCCCGCAGGCCGCAGCCUUGGCGCCGGGUAACAAGCCGCUUUCCUUCAGGAAGCCUUCGGUGUCCAUAUCGGCCCCGUCGGUCACCUCCGUCCCGAAUACCACCUCGGCGGGUCUGCAGCUGCCCGCGGGCAGAGCCUCGACGGCUGGGCCUCCCGCCUGCGCCCCGCCGACGCCCAUGGAUCACUCCGCGGGAGCGCUGAAACCCGACGUAGGCCUUCUGCUCCGAGAAAUGCAUCUGCUCCAAGGCCUCCUGAGCCAAGUGGCCCUGGAAUUAAAGGGGCCACAGGCCUUCCCAGAGCACAGGGGAACACUCGAGACCCCCACUUCCCGCUUUGCUGUGCGCCCCGGAACCCCAAGGACAGCUACUGUGGAGAGCUGAAGGGGAGGGAGGCGUCUACUGUCCCCACUGUCGCCUCUCCGGGCUCAUUCAUCACCGGUCUCUCCUGCUUCCCAUCACGUGGACACCUUCCAAAACCAUGUCUGUGUCCCUGUGUUUUGCUGUGGUUUUUAAAGAAGCAGCAUAAAGUGUGGGGGCCCAUGAUUUCAAUCUCACAGCAUGUUUGUGCAGUUUGUAAUCACAGAGGCCUUCCCUCUGAUCUCUUCCUUGGCCUCACAGAAUUCGGGAAGGAAGUAGAAAUGUGUUAUCUAUUACUCUGCGGUUUGUGUUUGGAAGUAAAUAUAGUCAUCCUUGGCUUUUCAUGUAAACCCACUCACUGCAUAUUUCAGCAAUUUUUUGGUACCUAAGGUCAUUGAGGUAACUGAGCCCUUUGGAACAUUAUAGUGGGUCAACUUGCAAUUAUUCAUAAUGAAUUUAAUGUUGAU